GUUCAACAUUACCAAAAAUAAAUAAAACAAAAUCAAUCAAAAAGAUUUAAAUAUUUAGAAAAAUCAACAUUACCAUUACAUCUAGAAAUCAAGAACCAACUUUUCUUUUUCCUCUUUCUCAAAAAAAUAUAUAAACGAACGUUUUACUUUGAAGAAAAACAAAAAUCUCGGCGAGAUUUUACUAUAGAAAGUUUCAUUCCUUCUAACAUGGCCGUUGAUUCAACUGAUCAACGGCGAGAUUUUGUUGUAAGGAUCGACGGUGAAGACAAUGGUGACUCAGAAAAGUUUUGGAGAGAGUCAAGCAUUAACUUCUGGCAUAAUGAUAAGAGCUCUAAACCACCCGGAGGUGAAGAAGACGACGGAAGCUUUGAUUUCAUGCGGCGGAGUAGUGAGAAAUCGGAGGAGCCAGAUCCACCGUCGAAGCUUAUAAAUCAAUUUCUCAACAAGCAAAAAGCUUCCGGUGAUGAAAUCUCUCUCGACAUGGAAGCUAACAUGCCUGAGCUUCAAAAAAAUACGGUUCCUCCUCUGUCGUCAACGGCAGUUUCCGGUUCUGCUUCACCAGUAACCGCGCCAGUGACGGCGAGUUAUCGUAAUGGAACCGGUGAUGCGAUUAGACGGAGACAGAACAGAGUCACGCUUUCUCCGUCUGUUAAAGAUGGUGAUAGUAGUGAAGAUGAAGAAAACAGAGUAGAUGGAUCAGAGGUUGUGAAGUGUACCUCUAAUAGAUCGACGAUGAGGACUAAGACUUUGAUGAAGAUGAAGACUAGAUCUAGAUUGAUGGAUCCUCCUACUCCGACGUAUCCGGAUAUGGUUUCGGGUCGGACUCCAAGGUCCGGGAAUCUAAAUCCCGGGUUUAGUGGGAGAAACACUAAACCGGGAACUCCAAACCAAGGAGGAUCCAAGGAUUUGGAAGAAGAGGAAGAUCCCUUCUCAGAGGAGGAUUUACCUGAAGGUUUAAGGAAGGAGAAGAUUUGUGUUUGGGUUAUUAUAGAAUGGAUAUUUCUGAUUUUGAUCAUUGCUAGUUUGAUUUGUAGCCUAGUCAUACCUUACUUGCGUGGCAAGACACUUUGGGACCUAGCUCUAUGGAAAUGGGAAGUGAUGGUUCUUGUCUUGAUAUGUGGGAGAUUGGUUUCUAGUUGGAUUGUGAAGCUAUUCGUUUACUUCGUUGAAAGCAAUUUUCUUUGGAGGAAAAAGGUUUUGUAUUUCGUUUACGGGAUUCGAAAGCCGGUGCAGAAUUGUCUAUGGCUAGGGCUUGUGUUGAUCGCAUGGCAUUUCUUGUUCGACAAGAAAGUUGAAAGAGAGAUGCGAAGUACUGUGCUUAAGUAUGUGACUAAAGUAUUAAUCUGUUUACUUGUUGCUGUUAUCAUCUGGCUCAUAAAGACUUUACUGGUUAAAGUUCUUGCUUCCUCUUUCCAUAUGAGUACUUACUUCGAUCGGAUUCAAGAAUCGUUGUUUACUCAAUACGUGAUUGAGACGCUCUCGGGACCUCCUCGUAUUGAGAUUCAUAUAGAAGAGGAGAAAGUAGCAAAUGAUGUUAAAACCUUCGAGAUAGUUGGACGUAAGCUAUCUCCUCUAGGUCCAAAGGCGGUUUCUUCUCCACCACAAGUGACUGUUGGAAGCGGAAGGCUGCAGAAGAGUCCAAGCAGAGUUGGGAAAAGUCCGGUGCUUUCGCGGUCUGGUUCUAAGAAAGAAGGAGGGGAAGAAGGGAUACGGAUCGAUCAUUUGCAGAGAAUGAACACUAAGAACGUUUCAGCUUGGAAAAUGAAGAAACUGAUGAAUGUUAUCAAAAAAGGAACUCUUUCUACUUUAGAUGAACAGAUACAAGACACGACGACUCAGGAAGAUGAUAAGGCCACACAGAUAAGAAGUGAAUUCGAAGCAAAACUUGCAGCGAGGAAGAUUUUUCAGAAUGUUGCUGAGCCUGGAUCCAGGUACAUAUAUAUGGAAGACUUUAUGCGUUUUCUGUCCGAAGAUGAGUCUGAAAGAGCAAUGGAUCUAUUUGAAGGAGCUUCUGAAUGUCACAAAAUCAGCAAAUCUUGUCUGAAGAAUUGGGUGGUUAAUGCCUUUAGAGAACGAAGAGCACUAGCUUUAACAUUAAACGAUACAAAAACAGCAGUGAACAGGCUUCAUCGAAUCGUUGAUGUAUUGGUCAGCAUUGUGAUUUUAAUCAUCUGGCUUCUCAUUCUGGGAAUCGCUACAACCAAGUUCUUGCUUGUCAUAAGCUCUCAGCUUCUUCUUGUAGUCUUUGUGUUUGGAAAUUCAUGUAAAACCAUCUUUGAAGCGGUCAUCUUCGUCUUCGUUAUGCAUCCAUUUGAUGUCGGUGACAGGUGUGAAAUAGACGGUGUCCAGAUGAUUGUGGAAGAGAUGAACAUUUUGACUACUGUCUUUCUUCGAUUUGAUAAUCAGAAGAUUGUAUAUCCAAACAGUCUUCUCGGAACAAAACCUAUCGCUAACUAUUACCGCAGUCCUGAUAUGCAAGAUGCCAUUGAAUUCUUUGUCCAUAUAGCAACUCCACCUGAAAAGACAACUGCCUUAAGACAGAGGAUACUCAGCUAUGUAGAUAACAAGAAGGAUCAUUGGCAUCCAUCGCCGAUGAUUGUGUUUAGAGAUAUGUGUGGAUUAAACAGUGUGAAGAUCGCAAUGUGGCCAACACAUAAGAUGAAUCAUCAAAAUAUGGGAGAGAGAUAUGUGAGGAGAGGUCAAUUACUUGAAGAGAUUGGUAGAUUAUGCAGAGAGUUGGAUAUCGAAUAUCGGUUAUAUCCUCUUAACAUCAACGUAAAAAGUCUUCCUGCUGCUACUCCCAUCACUUCUGAUCGCAUUCCUCCUAGCUGGAAUCAACAACGCAGUGUUUGAAGAUUGGAAAAUUUUGAGUACUUUUUGGUGUUUUUGGUAUUUGCAGUGAGUGAAAAAGAGAGAUUUUUCUGUCUUCAUUUUCUUUCUCUUUUAUUGUUUUAAGGACUUGAGGAUUCUUCAUUUUCAUUGCAAAAAGCGAGUCUGCUUUUGUGUAUAUCUGUGUUGAGUGGUUAUAGACUUAUAGUCGAUAAAAUAAAAAGCUUACAGCAUUUGAAUCUUUAUAUUAAUGUUACGUAAGUACCUUUAAAA